AUGUCGGUUGUGUUGAACGCCUGGUUUAAUGAGGAGAUGUGAGUUGUGAUGAACACACUAACAGUUGUGAUGGAGGGAGUGUGUGUGUCACUUGGGUGUGUUUACUAUAUGUGGGUUAGAGAGAAUUUGUGUGUAUGUAGUGUUCUGUGCAUGUGUGUGCUAUCUUGUAUGUACUGUAUAUGAUUGAGAACAUUAGUUUGAAGCUGUUCUGGGUUAUGGUGGCCCAACGGCCUAUUAAGACACUUUCUGCUGGUGUUUCCUUUAUUUUGGCAGUUACCUGUAUGUGAUUGAGAACAUUGUGUGUGCUUUCCCUCUCUCAGCUCCCUGAGGAGGUGGUCGUUUGUCCUGUAUCUUAAGUGUUACUCCCCCACUGGGCCCAGAGUGCAGCCUGAAGCCUCAAUUAGUGUCCUGCCCCCCUUAACCGCUGCCUUGUCUCCCAGUGUCCUGCCCCCCCUAACCCCUGACUUGUCUCCCAGUGUCCUGAAUCAGCUUAGGCUCCUGCUGUCUCAUUUACUCAAAGCUUUCUCAGUACCACUGGAGUUAUGACUUAUCAAAUAACUCAAGUGUCUUCGGUUGUAGAUAUGAAAUAUAUUUAUACCAUUACAUUGUUGAAUAGUAGUUUCUGACUGGCUUGAAGGGCAUUCUAGAGAGUGCAUUAUUUAAGUGAUAAUGCCCUCGAAGCCGGUGUUUGGAGGAUAUAUUGGCAUGGGUUCGUCGAGGGCCGGCAAACUGUGCCAAUAUAUCCUCCAAACACCGGCUUCGAGGGCAUUAUCACUUUUUUAUAGAACGGGUUACCAACAUAUUCAAAUAAUGAUUGACAUAUUUUCAUUAACAUUUUGAUUAAUUGAUUCAUACUAUUUCAUCCUUCCACAAAAUAUAGUCCUGACACAAAUCUAGGGUUGCUACCCAUGACGGCUGGUCGUUCUUUCUAUCGGUUCGGUUGCCAGAGACGCGAUCCUGUCGUUAAGUCUUUUGGUUCUGUAUCUAUGGACGCGACCCAGUCGUUCAUUCUAAAUGUUCUAUUGCCAUACUAGCAAUGUUCUUAUCCUUUGCUUGCUAGCUAGCCAACUACGGCUAACUUACAGUCAAAUUAAACAGUGCAGCCAGAAUAACAGCAAAGUAGCUGCAUGUUUAAGUUGUUUUCUAGUGACAUUUAUUUAGAUACAUUCAUAAGAAAGAGCUAAUGAUGCGCGAUUUCACCUGCCAUAGAAAAUGUGCUCUCUCAUCAGGACACUGUUGUUCAGUGGAGCUAGCCAACAACACAGCUAACACAAUCACUUCAAACUGAAGCUGGAAAGACUGCAAACUAGCUGCAUUUAGUUUCGUUUGAUCUGUUUUCUAUUGAUAUUUAUUUUGUAUGUCCUUAAAAAUUAUGCUUAUUCAUGAUUUCAACUGGCUGAGAAAAGCUGCCUGCCUGUCUGUCUCGUCCCGACUCCCGACCCCUACACGUUCAUUACUAUGGGACAGCUGGAGAUCAAAUUUCAAUAUUGAAACAAUGUUGCAAAUGUCAGAGAAAGAGACCACAAGUUUUAUUUAAAUCGCUAUUGAAAACCAAUUGCUAGUCUUAAAGAAAUGGGAGAUAAUGUCUAGAUGGUUUUUACAGUGGAGAUCAAGUUUAUAAAUUGCCUGGCUGGGCUGAUGAGACAGUGGAUUGCACAGUGAGAUGGAACAGAGUAAAUAGGCAUUUCAAUGUCAUAGCUUUAGCCGGUCGUCACUUGUGGAGUAGACACGGGCUGGAAUGCGGUUUUAACCAAUCAGGGUCCAGGAUUAGACCCACCCGUUGUGUAAUUCCCUAUAACGCACGGUAUAUCUGCACGGUAGAAUUAAUUGGCUAUAGUUCAUUCUUACAUGUUCUAUGUUUGAGCUGCUUUUGAAAGCCAAUGUCGAAUUGAAAACAUUAUUGGCGUUGUUGAAUUCAAUUUUCAUAAUAUCAAGCUAGGCCUGGUGGUUUGGUUAGCUAAACUAGCAAGUCUGUUUGUUUGGUUACCAAGGCAACUACUGUAGCUAUCUAGUAAACUUGCUAGCUACUUCAGUGGAUGUUGAACACAUUUCUACCGGCAAAUGGACACAUUUCUAGCAGUAAAUGUGGUAAAUUAUAGCCUUGGUAUAAAAGGGAUAAUCUACUCAGGGCUCUAUGCAUUCUCUGGAAAAUAAUGCAACUCCGUGGAAGGUGAGUUCCAUUCCGCUAGCGCGUUGUGGAACACACCAUCAACGUCGUUCAUUAUUUUCCAUAGGACGCAUAGCCCCUAGUUGAUUAUCCUUUACUUAGUGUCUGGUUAGUACCAGUUGUAGUACCAGUCCCUGCCAAUGCUGCCAACUAGAAGAAACCUGCAGUACUUUUGAUUCAGUCCACUGGCAACAACAUACAUGUUGUAUUUGACUGGCUCUCUAAAAUAAAAUGUCAUGUUAGGUUAGCUUAACAUACUGAUGUAGUGAUUCUUUCUCUCUCUCAUUCUUUUCCUCAAUUUUCAAUUCAAUGUAAAGGCUUUAUUGGCAUGGGAAACAUAUGUUUGCAUUGCCAAAGCAAGUGAAAUAGAUAAUAAACAAACUCUCUCUCUAUCAGGACUGGGUAAGGGCAGAAGGAAGCAGAGUGCCAGUGAUGCCUCCCCCACGCCCAGCACGGAUGCGGAGUACCCCUCCAAUGGGAGUGGAGGAGGUGGUGGCGGAGGAGGAGGGGCCGAGCGUAUCUACGACCUCAACAUCCUGGCCGUGGUCAAGUUCUCGUACACGGCGGAGCGCGAGGACGAGCUGACCCUAGCCAAGGGGUCCCGGGUCACGGUGAUGGAGAAGUGCAGUGACGGUUGGUGGCGGGGCAGCCAGGGGGGCCGUGUGGGCUGGUUCCCCUCUAACUAUGUCCUGGAGGACCCCACAGAGGGUGAGGGGGGUGGAGGAGGAAGGGACUCCCCAGGUUAUCCAGGGCAGGGCAGGGAGGCCAUGAUGACCAUCGGGCGUGCGGUAGGUGGUGUCAGCCGGGGUUGCGAGGGCGGUGGUGCACUCCAGCUGGUCCAGACUCUGUACCCGUUCAGCUCAGUGACUGAGGAGGAGCUGAACUUUGAGAAAGGAGAGGUGAUGGAGGUGGUGGAGAAACCAGAGAACGACCCAGAGUGGUGGCGCUGCCGGAACGCCCGCGGCCUUCUGGGCCUGGUGCCCAAGAACUACGUGCUGGUGCUGAAUGACACCAACGGGCCUCCCGGGCUCCCUGCCCUGCCGCUGUCGCCCCCCGGCUCCCCACAGAUUGGCUACGUGGCCCCGGCGUGCGAGGGCAAGUUUGCAGGCAGGGACUGGUACUACGGAGGGGUGACCAGACACCAGGCAGAGCUGGUCCUCAACGAGAGAGGAGAGGAGGGGGACUUCCUCAUACGGGACAGCGAGUCAUCGGUGAGUGGGGGAGGAGAGGAUGAAGGAAAGGGAGGAAUGGGAUUAGGGAAGGAGGUAGGAGUGUGUGAGAAGGGAUAGACCCCCCCCCCCCCCCCCCGCUGGGAUAGAUGGUAGAGUUGAGGGGGAGAUAGAGGAUAGAAGGAUGGAGGGAAGGGGAUGAUGUCUAUUCCAUACUCAUUUUACAUUUACAUUUUAGUCAUUUAGCAGACGCUCUUAUCCAGAGCGACUUACAAAUUGGUGCAUUCACCCUAUAGCCAGUGGGAAAACCACUUUACCACUUUACACUCAUGUCCCUCCUCUCUGACCUUCUCCUCCAAUGGGUUUUGAGGAGAGAGGACGCGAGGAGUGGCAAUAGAGAUCUUCCCAAGGAUAAAAUACUAAGUUGGAGAAUAGGAGGUAUACAGUAUCUGCACACAUGAACAGCAUAAGUAUUGGCCUGUGAUUUAUAAAUGAAGUCAUAGUGCCCUCUGCUGGUUUUAGUUUUAAAUGGUAGAUCAGCUUUAAAUUGCAGAUAGAUUGUAACUUCCAUCAAUGUAAUUGUCUGCAUUACUUCCAAUGUUUUUUUUCUCUCGCAUAUAUAUAUAUAUAUAUAUAUAUAUAUAUAUCCUUUAAAAAAAAAAUAUUUCCCUUUAUUACUUUCCAACCCCACCACUCCUUCCCUAAUUGGGGUAAACUAGUCAACAAAAACGCUUAGGCCUCUACUUCCAGUUUAUACAUACUAUAUACAUUUUAUGGACACAGUCAAUUUUACAAUAAUUCUAUUUUGUUUGUUUUUACUCCUGAACUUCCUCUACCCUCAACCUCUCCGAUCAUUUUUCAUGAUGUCCAUCCGAUUUGCUUCUAUAUGCCAUAUCUUUCUAACUGCUCUUUCACAAAAGCGCUCAACCUAUAAACAAUAUACUUAUUAUGGACACAGUAUGCUUUACAUUAGUUAUCUUGUUGUUGUUAGUUGUUGUUAGUUGUUAUUAGUCCCAUCCUUCAGCUCCAUUCAACACCUCCCAUCUAUCUCAUAACACCAUCCAUAUUGGAUUUCUAUUUGCCAUAUAUUUUUCAACUGUACUGUGAUGUUUCACAAAAGUUCUGAACCCUUCUAUUCUCAUUGUUUCUACAGAUUGUAAAUUGAAAAUAAACAUUUUUGCUAAAGGUAUUAUUAUAUUAUUGAUCGAUUGACUAUGACUUUUCAGAUCACCCAGUAGUGCUAUCUGCAGGGUUAGCUCCAGGUAAAUAUUGCAAUCCUUUAGCCAUUCCUGGACCUGUGACCAAAAACAAGCUACAAAUGGACAGUACCAAAACAAAUGAUCUAAUGAUUCUGUCUCUUCGCAGCAAAAUCUGCAGAGCUGGGAUGGUUGUAUCCCCCAUAUAAUAACAUUCUAUUGGUAGCAAGAAUUUUGUAUAAUAUAUUUAAAUUCAAAAAUUCUAAGUUUUGAAUCCGGCAUCGUUUUGCGUAUCAGUUCAUAAACACUAUGCCAUGGGAUCGGUACGUCAAAAAUCUCUUCCCAACUAUUUUGCAAUCUAUAUUGGACGGCUGUCAAUCCUUUGGUCCUUAAAUGAAACUGGUAUACUUUUUUAUUUAUCACAAUUUUCUUUUAACCAAUUAUGUUCUUUAAUGCAGGGCUGACAGACAAGUUCCUUUUCCCCCCUUGUGUUAGUAAAGUAGAGAGUGUUUGUUGGAGACAUUUCAUCUGUGUUUUGAGUAAAUUAACUGACUCUCCCCCCCUCACUCUCUCCAUCCUUCUCCAUCUAGCCCAGUGAUUUCUCUGUGUCUCUGAAGGCGCCUGGGAAGAACAAGCACUUCAAGGUGCAGUGUUCAGAGGGGGUCUACUGUAUUGGCCAGCGCAGGUUUAGCUCCAUAGAUGAACUGGUGGAACACUACAAGAAAGCCCCCAUCUUCACCGGCGAACAAGGAGACAAGCUCUACCUGGUCAAACCGUUGCCCGCACCCCAGCUAUCCUCAACAUGCUGA